AUGGAUUAGUCUAUACCGAUGCAAGAUCGUAAUUAAGAAACUCCAAGUUGGGUGUAUAUCAAUGGCUUAGGGGAAAGAGAUCAAUAGAAUGUUACUGAAUCGGACGUCCUUACUGCAAUAUCUUUCGACAAAACAGGAGAAUUUUUGGCUGUAGGAGAUAAAGGAGGUAGAGUUAUCGUCUUCAGAUAUAAUGAACUGAAAAACUCAAGAUACUUCGAUUAUAGGUAUUUUACUGAAAUACAAUCUCAUGAGCCAGAGUUUGAUCAUUUGAAAGCGAUUGAAUUGGAUGAGAAAAUAAACUCCAUAGAAUUUACUAACAAUAAAAAUAGCAAUCUCUAGAUGCUGACAACUAAUGACAGGAUUAUAAAGCUUUGGAAAAUAGAAUAUAAAGUUCACAGGCAGAGUUAGAGAUGCCAAAUCAACAAUGGCAUCCUUAAUAUCCCUAAAUCUUAAAUUGUAGGAGAAGGUUAUGAGGGUAUUGAGAAGAAAUAAUAUAAGAACUGCCACAACUAUAACAUUAACUCAUUAAGCAUGUCCCCAGAUGGGGAGAACUUUCUAUCAGCUGAUGAUUUGAGAGUGAAUUUAUGGAGUAUGGAAAAUAACUUGCUCGCAUUUAACAUAGUAGAUCUAAAGCCACCUAACAUUGAAGAAUUAGCAGAGGUAAUCACACAUGUAGAGUAUCAUCCAGUUAGGUCAGACAUAUUCCUCUUCUCCUCCUCCAAAGGAUAUAUUUGUGCAUGUGAUAUGAGAUAGAAUUCACAGUUUGAUAAAUGCAGUACCUUUUUUAUGGUUGAGGAAGAUCCAUCAAGAAAGCACUUUUUUACUGACAUCAUUAACUCUGUAUCAAGAGCUAAAUUCUCACCCGUCAAUGAUAACUAUAUUUUCUCUAGAGAUUAUCUCGGAGUUUAGAUAUGGGAUAUAAGAAACACUAAGAUGCCUUUCAAGACAUACAACGUGACAGAUUACCUAGAAAAAAAGCUAUGUGAGGUUUAUGAGAGUGAAACAAUUUUUGAUAAGUUUGACCUUCAAAUUUCCCCUGAUUCAAAUCUAGUUUUGACUGGCUCCUACAACUCUAAUGUCCAUGUGAUCGAUGUUUAAAAUUAGUAAAACUGUACAAUCGAUGUUAAAUAUAUGGACAAGAGAGGAAAGAAUGUAGGCUAAGUAAGGAACUAUAAAAACAAAAGAGUAUAGGGGGUCCUCUCCAACUAAAAUGGAGAUCCUGUAAAAAUUGAUAUGUCCCAGAAGAUUACUCUUGGUACUUGGCAUCCAAAGGAAAACACCUUUGCAGUGGCCAAGCACAAUUCACUAUUUUUGUAUACUCAAAAAAGAUCCAAUAACAGUGCCAACCCAUCUCACUCAGGAAGUAGUGGUCACUAUUAGAGAAUGCAAAUUAGUUGA